UAUCAAUAGCUCUGCAGUUCUAAUAAAAAUCUAAGCCUUACGGCGAUGUGUGAUCAGGCUGGCAAUCCGUGCCUGACAGGUGACGGCUGUGCUGGGGAUGCGACCAUGGCCUGUGAUCAGUACUGCCCGCCCAAGUGUGACCCUUGUCAGACACCGGUCGAUUUUAAUCCGUGCCCGCCAGGGGGCGACUGUAAAUGUCGCUGCGACUGUGGUGACUAUGCGGGCUGUUGCUAUCAACAACCACCGCGAGCCCAACCCAUCCGCCCGAUGUCAUGCAUUAUGCGUUCGACAGCGCCAUUGGAAACGGAUACGAUAUAUAAACGCUCGUACUUUGCAAAUUGCGGGGAUUGCUAUCGUGCAAAACCAAUACGACCAUGUCCAAACCUAGUGCCGAAUCCCGGCCGCAUGGAAUCUUUUACUGUGCAGAAGCUAUCAUACUUGGCACCGUGCGCACCGGAUCGCACCGCACCCAUACGACCGCCAGAUAAUGGGCUGCGCUUUUGUGGUCCACUCUAUGCAAUGACCUCACAGAAGCACGACUAUGUGCCAAAGGGCUAUAGUAAACGCAAUCCCAUAUUGCCAAUAAAUGGUAUCUGCAAGCCAUGCGACCCACUAGAGCGAUGUACCAUCAAUCGGUUGUCAUAUAUGCCGGUUGAUGUAUGCCGGAAUCCACCACCCAAACCGAUGGUACAGACUUACAACAUACAACGGCCAACGGGACCAAGUGAAAAAUGCACCAUACAGAAGCUAAGUUAUCUCCCAGUUUGUCCGGUCCCUAAGGAGCCGAUGCCAUGGGCCGAAAAAGUGCGUUGUGUGCCACCUCGUUAUGAAAAUCUCUGCACAACCUAUAAUCUAAGCUAUCUACCAAAUGGUUGUACGGCACGUACGGCUCCUGUUGUACCCAUGCAUAGCAUUAAAACAUUGGGAACAGAUCGUACCGAUGGUUGUACGGUGUACAAACUUAGUUACUUACCGGUGGAUGCACGUUGCUGUCGUCCCCAUCCAAUACGUCCUAGUCCGGGUAUAUGCAUGCCAACAGGCCCACUUGAAAAAUGCACCGUACAAAAGCUGUCAUACCAACCCAACUGUUGUGUAGCCCGCACGCAGCCUAUUCGUCCCAAAGAGAACUGUCUUAAGGCGUGCGGUCCUCUAUAUAAUAUGACCACACAGAAGCAUGACUUUGUACCGAAACCAAUUUGCCGCCGUCCGCCCAUACGUCCGCAAUCGCUUAUAUGUCGCGCCACUGGUUCCAUGGAUCGCUGCACUAUUAACAAACUUUCCUAUAUGCCUGUGAAUGUAUGCGAAUUUAGGCGUCCAGAGCCUAUUAGACCACGGCCAGGCGUGUGCCGUGCGGAUGGGCCCGUCGAGAAUUGUACCGUUUAUAAGCUUAGUUACUUGCCCAAUUGCCCUCAACCUCGACAGCUAUUGCCGUGGGCAAAUCAAUCGUCUUACUGUAAGCCAACAGCACCGAUCGAAAAAUGUACCAUACAGAAACUUAGCUACGGACCACCUGGGACAUUUUCACGUUGCGGCGGUAAGUGGGCUUAGAAACUUAAUAAUUAUUUGUUAACUCUGCAAGGUUAAACUUGUAUAAACCCAAAAAGAGCCCAAAAUACUUAAAUUUCAGUCGGGUAUUUUUAUAACUGACGCUAUAGAAAAAAUUUGUCCUGUUUGACCUGAAAUAACAUUGGUAAUAAAUUAUUCUUUAUUGGGGCAUUACGGAUAUAGGUAAAAGGUAAAAUUUCUCUUCUGUGCCAACUGACCCCAACUGGAAAAGCCAAAGAAAGCCAAGUCCUUCACCACUUGCUCUGCUACCAAUAGCGGGUUUCGAGUUGAAUAUUUUCGCCGUUGCACAUUUUUCGUCAUAUCUUCGGCACUUUCAGACUGCUCUUAAAGUAUGAUAUAUGGAGGUUUUUGCCUCGACGACACAAUUAGAACGUUCCAGAAUGUCUACGUUUUGCACUAUUUAGUCCAAAGUCGUUCCCGUACGCUACGUUCACAUAAGGUUUAUUAAAGGCGAAAACAGCUGUUCCUGUAAAACCUG